UCUGACUUAAACUCGAAGCUUUGAAAAUAAUACUCUUCCCCUCAUCUAUCCCUCUUCUAAUCACCUCAUCUCAAAUUUUCUUAGCCUUGACCACAAAGUGAAAUUCGGCCACAAAGGGACAAGUGGGAUAUAAAUGCUGAAAGUGAAAGAAAAAAUGUACAGUCGUACAAAUAUACCGACCCAUCCCACUGAUUGAGCACAAAAUGGACUAGUUAUCUCAUAUUGACACGGUAAAGUAUGACUCAUUUCCCGAGUAUAAUAUGAGGUGAUCGUAGGACUGCAGCGACAGUCUAGAAACGACAGUAUCGAGGAACGAUGGAUUUCUGGAAAGAAAAGACAGCGAUCGUAACUGACGCCAGCGCUGAUAUUGGUGCCGCGAUCGCAGAAGCUUUGAUGAAACAUGAUGUUAAGGUAGUUGGUGUGGCGCAAACGAAGGCCAAGCUCAAGGAACUGCAUGACGCUGGAAAAUGGCCCAACUUGUAUCCUUUUAAAUGCGAUGUUUCGAAAAAGCAGGACAUAAAGAAGCUGUUCGAGUGGGUCGAAAAAAAGUUUGGAGGAGCUGAUAUCCUCGUGAACAAUGCUAGAAUCGCCAGCAUGACAUCGAUCAUUGAGGGGUCGACAAAAACAUAUCAUGGAGUAAUAGAAACAAACAUAUUCGCUCCUGCAAUCUUCGCACGCGAAUUUACCAACUCAGUACGACAACGUAACGCGUCUGGGCAUAUAAUCAAUAUUAACAGGUGUCUACUCUUCAAAUUCAGUUGUGUAACGAUGCCACUUAUCCUCGCGAUAAAUCUAGAUCUGUAUGAGCUCGUAUCAAUUGAAUUAGAAAUAAGAUCAAAGAUCCCACUUGGUAUAUACGGUGUCAGUAAAUAUGGCCUCAAUGCUUUGGGAACGGAACUACGCCACGAACUUACCUUGGCUAAACUGAAAAUUAAAAUUACCAACGUCAGUCCUGGAGCUGUGCUAAUGGAUAUGGUUCGAACAGUAUCUGAUGCUAUCGAAUAUCAAAUACCAUUAUUGCAAGACAAGGACAUCGCUGAUGCAGUAAUUUAUGCCUUAGGAACACCACAAACCGUAGAGAUUAAAGAAGUGGCUAUUAUGCCACAAGGAACACCCGUGGGGUUCACCAUGGACGCAUUUAGAAACCUAAAAGUAUAAAAAUAUAGGAAUUUCUUUUAUACGUUCAAACAAAAGAAACGUAAAGAACUUGAUGUGACUCAUCUUUCUGGUGAAUAUUGUAUAGUUUUAAUCGUCGAUGAAAUAACAAUUAACCCACGUUAAGAUGCAAGGAGACGUUAAUAUCGUACAAUUUAGUACGACAUCGAUUUUCAGACAAAUAAACGUGAAAGAUUCUUAAAAAAACAA